AUGGAGGCCUUAGAAAAACUUUUAGAUAUUGAAUCAAAUGAUGUUCGCAUGGUAGGGAUCAGUGGCAUUGGUGGAAUAUGCAAAACUACAAUUGCAAAAGCUAUUUAUAAUAGCAUUUUGUAUGAAUUUGAAGCAAAAAGUUUUCUAGAGAAUGUUAGAGAGAGGUCAAAGACACAUACAGGCAUAAUCCAUUUACAAGAGGAACUUCUUUCUAAUGUCUCACAAAAUAAGAUUUUGAAGGUGAAUAAUGUGUCUAGAGGAACCAAAAUGAUAAAUGAAAUUCUUUCCUUAAAGAGGUUUCUUAUUAUUCUUGAUGAUGUGGAUAACACGUACCAGAUAGAAACAUUGCUCAGACAAUGUGAUUGCUUUGCUUCUGGAAGUAGAAUCAUUAUGAAAAGAAGAUAUAAAAGCUUGCUAGUUAAGCGAAAUGGUCUUUCAACCUAUGACUAUGGGGUUAAGGAAUUAAAUGAAUAUGAAGCUAUUGAACUCUUUCGUAAUCAUGCCUUCCUAGAUAACAAGCUCUAUGAAGAUUAUUUGGAACUUGAGAAAAAAGCUAUAUAUUAUGCCAAAGGCCUUCCACUAGCUCUAAAAGGAUAUGACAUGAAUUAUGAUAUGAUCAGGGAUGUAUUGAAAGCUUGUGGUUUGAACCCAGAAUAUGGUAUUCAAAAACUUAUUGAAAAGUGUCUUGUGACUAUUGGUAAAGAUAAAUAUUUGUUGAUGCAUGAUCUACUACAACAAAUGUGUAUGAACAUUGUUCGACAAGAAGCACCACUAGAGCCCGGAGAACGUAGCAGACUAUGGUGUUUUGAGGAAGUUCUUGAUGUAGUAACUGAAAAUAUGAUUUGUGCAUCCCUAACAUAUGUGGACUUCAGUGAGUGCAAAUUGAUUAGAAAAAUACCUGACUUAUCAAUGACCCCAAACAUAACGAAAUUGAAUCUUAGAUGGUGUCGAAAUUUAGUUGAGAUUGAUGACUCCAUGGGGCAUCUUGAUAAGCUUAAAGUGUUGGACCUUGGUGGUUGCCAUAAACUUGAAACUCUUCCAAGCUGUCUCACAAUGAAAUCUCUUACAUCUUUUAAUCUUGAACUCUGCAAUAGGCUUAAGAAGUUCCCUAAUAUCUUGCACGAAAUGAAAGAUUUAAAAUCUUUACAUCUGGGGAACUGUACCAAUGAGUUGCCUCCGUCAUUUGGGAAUUUGAUUGGGCUUAAGGACUUAAUUUUAACAAUGAGUUUCAGAGGACAGGCACAUCUUCCAUGUAGCAUCUAUAAUUUACAUAUAGAGAGGCUUGAACAUUCUGGCGAUUUCAUAUUUCCAAAGGAUGUGGAGAUUGAUAGACAGCCAUUGUGCAAUUCUCUUGAGUUAUACAUCUUCCGGAGCAAAAUUGUUACCCUCCCAGAAAGCAUGAGCAAAUGUGAGAGAUUACAUACACUUCUUAUUCGAUAUUGCAAUGAGUUUCGGGAAGUUCUAAGGCUUCCCAAAAAUAUAAGACAUGUAGAGGUAGUAAAUUGCCACUCUCUGGAUUCACAAUCAUUCUUUCAGUUUCGAGAAAUCAUAGGGCUUUCACCAAAUCUACCACCAUGCUUAGGUGUUACAAGCCACAUGUUAAUGGGUCCACACUCAUCUACUACAAGAUCCCUUGCGAGUGAAACCCCCCUUAGUGAAUAUAAAUUUGUGGUAACAGUAGAUGAGAAUGAGAUUCCAAACUGGUUCAACCAUCAAAGGAAUGGAAAUUUAAUAUCAUUCUCAAUUGGUCCUAAAUUUCCAACCAUUGCUCUCUGUGUUGCUUUGGAAAUACGGGAUUCUACUUGUUAUUGUAAUUAUCAUGUCAUCAUUUCCAUCAAUGGUAGCGUACAAACAUUUGAAAACAUAGUCAUUGAAGAAGAUAGGAGGACCGAGCAUCUGUGUUUUUCCUGUAGACCUCAGAGCUCAUUGCAGGAUCUAUUUGGGGACUUGAAUCUAGGUGAUCGGAAUCAUGUUGAGCUCUUCUGUGAAGCUUUCACUCUUGAUUGUUCUUCAUCUGGAGAAAUUAGUCCUAUCAUUAAAAGGAUAGGAGUUUAUGUAGAAUGCAUUUGUCCUCCUAAAAAUCUCAGUAUCUUUCAUGACAUUAAUAGGCACCUUUCUUUGCAAUCAGGUUUGGUAUUUCCAAUAGAUGCAAAAAAUGGAUCAAACUCAGGUUUGGCAUUUGACUCAUCAAAUGUUGAUGGACUUGAUUUGGGUUCAUCUUUAGUGACCCAUGUGGAAUGCAUAUGUCCUCUUUCGUCCAUGGACUUGAUGCAAGGUGAUGACGACACAGAGUUCACACCUUUACUAUCUCCUUUCUCCACUUCUAUUGGUUCACGUACAAAUCGUGGACUCAGACGCAGGAGACCCUUCCAAUGGAUAUAG